UAUUCAUCCCACCGCCAUUCACGUCGUUCUGCUCGUCUUGUCCUCAGUUAAAGCCUUGACACUUAGUCUACGAAUCGUUUGGUGUGCGUCUAGAAGAAUACAGCAUUCUUUGUAAUGGGUAACGCAGCCUCUGGCCUUCCUCCUCCAGGAGGCAACAGUCCCAGCGACAACCAGAACAACAAAGAGAAGAAGGAGGAGAAGAAGAAAUGGGAGCCUCCCCUGCCUACCCGCGUCGGCAAGAAGAAGAAGCGCGGACCGGACGCUGCAUCUAAGCUGCCCGCCGUUUAUCCCACCACCCGGUGUCGCCUACGGCUGCUCAAGAUGGAGCGCAUCAAGGACUACCUACUUCUCGAGGAAGAGUUUGUACAGAACCAGGAACGUCUGAAGCCCGAAGCAACUCGGGAUGAGAGGAACGAAGAGGAGCGGUCGAAGGUGGACGACCUGCGGGGCAGCCCCAUGGCCGUUGGGAGCUUGGAGGAGAUCAUUGACGAUGACCACGCUAUCAUCAGCACCGCAUCAGGACCCGAAUUCUACGUUUCCAUCAUGUCCUUUGUCGACAAGGACCUGUUGGAGCCCGGCUGCCAGGUCUUGCUGCACCAUAAGACGCAGUCGAUUAUUGGCGUAUUGCAGGACGAUGCGGAUCCCAUGGUCAGCGUCAUGAAGCUGGACAAGGCUCCCACUGAGAGCUACGCGGAUAUCGGUGGGUUGGAGCAACAGAUUCAAGAAAUCAAGGAAUCUGUCGAGCUUCCCUUGACGCAUCCGGAACUGUAUGAAGAGAUGGGUAUCAAGCCACCGAAGGGUGUGAUUCUGUACGGCGUGCCGGGAACAGGGAAGACUCUCCUCGCAAAAGCAGUGGCAAACCAAACAUCCGCGACCUUCCUACGCGUGGUUGGCUCGGAGUUGAUCCAGAAGUACCUUGGAGACGGUCCCAAACUUGUGCGCGAGCUCUUCCGGGUAGCGGAGGAACAUGCGCCCAGCAUCGUCUUCAUCGACGAGAUCGAUGCCAUUGGUACGAAACGGUACGACUCGACGUCUGGCGGUGAACGAGAAAUUCAACGUACCAUGUUGGAGCUCCUCAAUCAACUGGAUGGUUUCGACACUCGUGGGGAUGUCAAGGUUAUCAUGGCCACCAACAAGAUUGAAUCCCUGGAUCCUGCCCUCAUCCGACCAGGUCGUAUCGACAGGAAGAUCGAGUUCCCAUUGCCCGAUAUUAAGACGAAACGGCACAUUUUCAGAUUGCAUACGUCACGGAUGAGCCUUGCAGAGGAUGUCGAUCUCGAGGAGUUCGUAACGGCAAAAGACGAUCUUUCUGGCGCGGACAUCAAGGCCGUGUGUACCGAAGCCGGGUUGCUAGCGCUAAGAGAACGACGAAUGCGGGUGACGAAGGCCGAUUUCUCCGCAGCAAGAGAGAGGGUCCUUUACAGGAAGAACGAGGGGUUGCCGGAAGGGUUGUAUCUAUAGUUGGCUCGUUAUUAUACAUGCUGUACGACUUUGGAAGUACGCCUUUUGCACUGCAGUUUUGCCUCUCGAGGCUAAGGCCUGAGUAAUACAAAUACACAUGCUAUGUGUGCCGGGCGAAGAUACUCUGUUGUCAGGAAAAGUAGAUUCAGGCUCUGCAAACCAUACGACGUCACUAGCCUUGUUUAU